AUGCCUUCCCGAUCCGACGACGAUGAGUACCAUGAUCGCUCUGAGGAGGAUCAAGAUUUCGAGACCGACAACCUUGAUGCCUCUGAGGACGAUCAAGAGGAAGAUGAUAUCGACGAAGAUCAUCAGAUACGGCCCCGUCCCCGUCUUGCAGCAUCUUUGCUACAGACGCGAAGGAAUGGGCGGAUUAUGAGAAGCGGUCGUAAGCGUCCUGCACCAGCUUCUCCUACAUCUCCUCCACCCCCUCCAAAGACGAAGCGAAAGGCAGGCAGGCCCAAGGGAUCAAAGAAUAAGCCCAAAGCAGCCCAAGAAACCCAAGACGCCCCUGAAGCGCCCUCAGCGGCUCCCACAGACAUAACGGCAUCGAACCAACAGACGGCCCAGGCGGGAAAGCCCAUGAAGCCUGUGUCGGAAGCACUCCGAGGUCUAAGCCGAAAGGAAUUGACCUAUAUUACUUAUGAGAGGCCAAUGAUAACACUUGCUCGGGCGUUGUCAUAUGUUGGUCCAGACGCGCCUACCUUUGACGCAAACUGGACUCAUGCAGAUGAGCGCGCCCUAAGGUAUGACGGAUCCGCGGAGAAGUUCGCAAUCUCUCGACUGAACGCAGGGAGCCAUAGCAGACAAUUGACGUUCUGGAAAAUGUGUCUUUCAGUCUGCCAGCGGUCUCCAUUUGACAUCUUGUCACCUCGUCGAGGCUUAUGCUAUCUGCCUUCAAGGAUCACAGAUGCAACGUCAAAGGUGGCCUGGGAUCAAGGCUUCUGUCGCGAGUUUACAGACAUCUUAACUCACCGCAUAUGGAAGCGAGACAUCGACGUAUUGGUCACCAUACUCCAAUACACUGUCAUCUGCCGAACAGAUGACCGAAGGCGCUGGCAGGCCCCGACAACGAUGAUCGAGGGCGGCCCAACUGUUCGACUGAGAACAGAGAUGCGGUCAUACUUGGGACCAUUGCCGACAUCUGUUCACAAAUUCCAUAAGUACAUCCGUGCUACAGGUCCUGAGGUCGUUCACUGUGACCUCUCGAAUUUCCUCAUGGCGAUCGCAGACGUUGUAUCCGACAGAGCCAAACGCGGUGGCCGUGAAGUGCGCUGGGACACAUCCCAGCAAUUUGAAGAUGGAUAUGAUGUCUACGGUGUCACGAUAGCAGAUCUGGGAAUCAUCAAGGAAGCAAUCCUCAGAUUUACCAGACUAAGCACAGAGACUUCCUUUGCUGCCUUCAAGGAAUUGAAACAGAUCAAUAGGAACGUGAUUAAGAUGGCUGAUUUCCCGAAUCUCAUGAGACGAGCGUGGCUCCAAGAGAAGCGCCACAUUCAUUGCGAUCGAGGCCUCAAUGGCGGCAGUCAACAUCCGAUGGUUGUUGUCACUAUCCCAGCAUUGCCACAAUCGAGACGUGACGAAUUUGACGACUUGCAGGAUGAAGCCAUGACUGACACCGAACCGCUGAUGGAUGUCAGAGCCAGCACGGCCAGCAACCAGGGUGUCGACAAUGACCCCCCCACAUCACCCAACGGCGAGAAAGAUCAGUCUGAUGAUGGUGGCCACAACGAUGACCACGGCGGUGUUACGUACGAUUUCGAUGAUGGUGGUUAUAACACCGGCUGCGGCGGCGCUUUCGAUGACCACUUUAGCAGUCCUGUCCCGAGAAGAGAUCAUGAUAUGGGCGAAGAUCUGGAGACACCACAGAAUGACAACCUUCACUCAGAGUCGGCCAAGGAGGAGAACGCCGGUUCUGAGAUCAAUCGGCACUCAGAUAUCAAUGUGUUGACGCUGGAAGAACCAUCAUUCGUUGAGCCACUGCGGUCAACACCGCCCAGAGACCUUGCCAGCGAAACAGAUGGUCGCCACGAUCCGGAUCAACCGCUCGCAACAUUGGAAAGCCCUGGCUCCGCCUCUCUGCAGACAGAUGAUUCGCGCCCCAAACCACUGAAGCUGAAGCCUUUGAACCCGUACCGACCUUCCUCGAGGGUUGGGUCUAUUGGUUCUUCGACGGGGGUUGUCCGUUGGCGCAAGGAACGCCCGGCCCGAGAGCAGAAGGAUAGAGAAGCAAUUACAAAACUAUGGAAAGCUUGA